UCAAAGCGGAACAUACACCAGAUAGACACCUACAUCCCAUCCUACCGUGUUUUUUAUCUUUUAAUUAUUUUUUUAAACCACCGCUUCUCCAAAAAUUCAAAAUUUUAUCUCCCUCUCUUUAGAAAUUAGACUAUCGGCAACGGCCUCCUUUUCGACCUGGCUCUAAACUCUCUCACUCCAAGCCCUAAAUUCAAAAUCAAUAAAUAAAUAGCUUUUAAGGCCUCGAUUUUUUAUUUUCGACAUAGAUUAUAGAUCCUCUUCGCAAUGAAUGAAUCAGAGCAAAAUUUCUGUUUCGAAGAUAGAAGGUUGAGCCUCAUUGAUGUCUCCUUCGAAGACGAUUGCCUCUAUAGCUCUCCUUCUCACGGCUUUCAUGUCCGGUUUUCAGAUGCUGCUAAGACAGAGGCCAAGAGUAAUUUGGGUUUUACAGAUGCCAACUUCACGCAAUUCGACGGGGGAGAAGUAGGAGCUGAACCAGUUGAAUCAGUGGAAGCAGAAAGGGUGAAAAAGAAGAACAAGUAUAACUUGCGCAAAAGUAUAGCUUGGGACAGUGCUUUCUUCACAAGCGCAGGUGUUUUAGAACCGGAGGAGUUGUCUACCAUGAUUGGAAGUGGGAAACAUAUGUUACCUGGAAUUGAAGAGGAUAUUCAUAAAUCUACUGAUUCAAUAUCCACAUUAGCGAGUGAUAAUUUGACGUUGGAGAAUCUUGAGGCUGACUUGUUUGGAGAUAUAAGAGCUUCAAUCCAGCGAUCCACUAAAGGAUCUGAUGUGGCAAAUUCAACUAGUAAAGUGGUUUCUCCGGAAACAGAAAAUGCAAGUAUCCCAUCUUUGGAGAAAACGGAUGUUGCUUCUCAAAAUAAGUUAAAAGCCAAAACUGCUCCCAACAAACCAAAUGCAGUCAUGCAAGGAACAGAGAAGACUGCAAAGCAGUCUAAUCCUGUAAAUGGAGAUUCAAAAUCUCUAUGUAGGCCGCCCAAGAUAGCGAGCAGAGUUGGCCCCCUCUUAACACCAGCAACUAAGAGAGCUUCCUUAGGUGCCAACCGUGUCAAAGUGGAAAAGUAUAAGGAUAGUCCAGAAAAUGAAAAAAGAUUGACUGGUAGGGGUGCAAAAGUACCUGCUUUGGGUGGUCCCCGAAAUGUUGUGCCUAGGCCCACAGUGCCUAUUAAAUCUUCAUUGCGAUCUUCAUCAGCAUUGAAAACUCAGCUAAAAACUUCUUCCUGUGUUGAUAGUUCAGGACGUUUGUCAUCAGAUAGUAGCAGUAAAUCUUCAUUGAAUUUUUUGAGAAAGGAUGACUCCAGAACUGGCAAUCAUUCUUCCUCUACUUCAAAUGUCAAAACCGCGUUAAAAUUGCCAUCAAGAAACAAAAACCAGUCAACUAGUUCACAUCUCUCUCCUUAUUUGAAAUCCGUGACCAAACUCUCUUCCAACAUAUCACCUGCUAGCUCUAUCAGUGAAUGGUCUUCAGCAUCAUUAUCACCAACUUCUACACUUAAUAAAACGUCUAACAGUUCAAGAUCUAGCUUUGACAUUAGCUCUUGCAAAGAUGCUUCUGGAGACAGUGAUGCCUCCCAAGUUAUGGAUUCUCAAAACUAUUUCAAUGAUGAACACUCUGUUGGGCAUGGUACCCAAGUAGGAUUGUCGGGUGAAUGUGUAAAGAAAGCUACUACAGCAAGCAGUUCAGUUCUCCAUCCAGAUUCGGCUAAACCCUCAGGCCUUCGGUUGCCGUCACCCAAAAUUGGUUUCUUUGAUGGGGUAAGAUCAGCUGUGCGAACUCCCAAUAGAAAUAAGCAAUCUCAUGAAGCUCUGCCCAGUGGCUUGCCUGGAUUUGGGGCAGGAAGUGUUGUUAGUCCAAGUGGAGGAUCAAAUGAGGCGAAGGUUGGAAAGCUUCAGCCUGCUAGAACAGCAGUUCGGGGAACCAGAAUCAUGGAUCAGGUAACUGCCUCGGGCAUGAAAUCUAAAUCUCCCUUGCUACUGCAGGAAUCCUCUAUCGCAGCACCAAGGGUCUCCAGUGCUGUGAAAAAUGAGAAACGCAAUGCUAGCACAUCUCUGAAAGCCCAGAGUAGAAUGUCUUUUCAAGGUGAAAGAAAAAGCAAUUUGAAGGAUAAGAAAGUUGGAUUGGAAGAAUGUAAUAAGUCUCUGAACAAUUCAGAUAGUGGUUUUACUGAAAGGAAUGGGGAUGCCUGUUUCUUGAAGGAUAAAAAGGAAACAGAGUGCAAGGGUGAUGCUCCUGAAAAAGAUACAGAGGUUACUCUCUGCAAUGGAUUGCCUUAUAUCACAACUGACUCGAGUUCUAUUGAAAAUAUAACCUCAUUAGAGAAAGUAAGUGGAGAUGUGAUCUGUAGCCAAAAUUAUAUCAAGGAUAGUUUGCCUUAUCCUUACAGCACCAAUGAGAAGGAAAAGGCUUCUAUUGAAGAUCGAGUUGAUGGUUUGACCAAACAAAUUGGAGCUGUGGAUUUUUACAUCGAGAUGCACAAAGAAACUGUAGGUGAUUCUCUUUCCCUUUCUAAAGAUGAUGUCAGUAGAGUUGAUUCUGGUAUUCAGGAGGAAUUCAAACACUCAUCAAAGCCUACCACCUCCUUGAAUCCUACUAUGGCAUCAACAAUCAUGGAAGCAGAGGCAGUAAUUGAGAAAGAUUUUGUUGAAGACCAAGUUGGUGACUUGACCAAACAAGUUGGAGCUGUAGAUUUUCAUCUUGAUAUGCACAAAGAAGGGGGUGGUGAUUCUCUUUCCCUUUCUCGACACGAUGUCAUCAGAGUUGAUUCUGGUAUUCAGGAGGAAUGCAAAGAAUUGUCAAAUCCUGCGUGCUCUUCUGUUCCUGAUAUUGCAUCAUCAAUGGUGGAAACAGGGAAAGCAGUGGCAGGUCUUCAUAAAGCUUCUGCUGAAGACCAAGUUGAUGGUUUGACCAAACAAAUAGGAGCUUUUGGUAUUCAUGUCAAGGUGCAUAAAGAAGCGGUGGGUGAUUCUCUUUCCUUUUCUCAAGAUGAUGUUAGCAGAGUUCAUUCUCAUAUUGGUGAGCAAUUCAAAGAGUUGUCAAAUCAUACUUCCUCUCCGUAUCCUGCUAUAGCAUCAACAAUGGUGGAAGACGAGAAGGCAGAGGCAGGACUUGAGAAAGUUUCUGUUAAAGACCUGGUUGAUAGUUUGACCAAACAAAUCGGAGCUUUAGAUAUUCAUGUCGACGUGCACAAAGAACUUGUCAGUGAUUCUCUUUCCCAUUCUCAAGAUGAUGCCAGCAAAGUUGAUUGUGGCAUUCAGGAGGAAUACACUGAGUUGUCAAAGCCUGCUUGCUCUGCCACUCCUGCCAGGGCAUCAACAACGGUGGAAGCACAGAUGGCAGAGGCGGCCAUCUUACUACAUCCAACAACCACCAAUGGAAAACCUAAAGAUGGUGAAACAUCCCAGCAGUAAAUUUCUCGAAGGUAUAAUUGCAUAAAGUGAUCAUCAAAUACCAUUGUAUUGUGUCAUACUCUUGCAACUUGAUGAAAGUAUUUAAUCUUAGGUCAUCAGUAAGUAUUAAUGAAGUCAUUCUUUAAGUUUCCUGGAGUUCUGCUUCAUGCUAGAUUGAUCUUGCCUCAUAAUGGAUUGCAGAUAGGUGUUUACAUGGAGAAAAUGUUUAAACUACUAUCUGAGUUUCUGUUUCCUACCAACAAGAGAAUGAGUGGAAGGAUAUGAGAGCUUCACCCCACGUUUCUUGUUAGGAUUUUGUGGGGUGUAAAUUGUGUAAGGGUGUGCAAAUCAGACAUGUAGGAUGUGAUAACGGGAGGACAGAGUUGUAGUUCGAAUGUACAUUUUAUGCCUACAUAUCCAUGUUUAUAUCAUUGAUGCUUCAUUGGAUUU